CUACAAAAAAAAAAUUCAUCUCAGUACCAAAAAAAUCCAAAAUCUAAUGAAACGUCGUUCCCUUUCUCCUUCUCUUCAAGCGAUGCCCUAACCUUCGCCGUUCCUAACCAUCGCCGCUCCCGCUUCGUCAUCACCGUUCCACUUUGUCAGCGUUGUCUCUGUUCUCAAUCUUCGUCGUCCUCACUCUUUCCGUCGCCGCCGUUUAAAACUGAAAAUGGUGAAUCACGAAGUAAUGGUUCUUGGUUCAAGUUCAAUGAUGAAAUUGAGGGCUUGUGAAGGUAGACAAAAUGAUGACGAGUUGGACAAGGAAGACAUGGAUGAAGAAGAUGAUGAUUAUAUUGCAAGUGAAGAGGAGAACAUGGAGGACAAUUGAUGGCAGCUGUUGGUAAAGAUGCAAACAGCCAAAUGUUUCCCAUUGCUUAUGCCGUUGUAGAAGCAGAAACAAAAGAUUCAUGGGAGUGGUUUCUGAAUCUAUUACUUGAAGAUCUACAAACUAUACAACACAAGCAAUAUGCAUUCAUUUCAGAUGAGCAAAAGGGUUUGGUUCCGGCAAUUCAAAACCUUGGUAGUCAUGUAGAGCAUAGGCUAUGUGUGAAGCACCUUUAUGCUAAUUUUAAGAAAAGAUAUCCUGGAUUGGAUUUAAAGGAAGUGUUUUGGAUGGCAGCAAGGGCUACAACUGUUCCAGCAUGGGAGAGAGCAAUGAAUCGAAUGAAAUUGAUUAACGACAAAGCUUGGGAAUACAUGAAUAAGAAUUGGGCACCUGCAAUGUGGACUAGAUCUCAUUUCAAGAUGGAUACACAAUCAGACUUACAAGUUAACAACAUGUGUGAGGCAUUUAACCGGGCAAUAUUGGAGUAUAGAGAUAAACACAUCAUCACUCUUCUAGAAGGAAUUAAGCACUACCUCACAAAAAGAAUUGGAGCCCAGAAGGAUCUCAUGCAAAGAUAUAGAGGGAAUAUAUGUCCUAUAAUCCAACUACAACUUGAAAAAGUAAAGAGGGUAGUUGAUGGAUGGGAACCAACUUGGCAUUUUGAUGAUGAUUAUGCCAUUUUUAGUGUGACAAAUGGAACUGACACAUAUAUUGUGAAUUUAGGCCAAAAAUCAUGUGACUGUAGGAAAUGGGGUUUAACAGGCAUCCCAUGUUGCCAUGCUAUUGCAUGCAUGGAGUAUCACAAAAAAGAACCUGAAGAUUUUGUUUCCUGGUAUUAUAGGAAGAGUACUUUCAUGGCUACUUAUUCUCACAUCAUUUUGCCAACAAAUGGUCCCCAACUAUGGCCUAUAUCAACAACAGAGCCAAUCAACCCACCAGCUGAGAGAAGAACUAUAGGUCGCCCCAAAAAGAAUAGAAACAAGGCUAAUGAUGAGCCGAAAAAUCCACAUCUAUUACCUAGAGAUUUACCAACAGUGAAAUCCACAUCCAAAUAUUUACAGGGGCAUUAUGUUUUUUUCAUGUAUUUUUAA